UACUAGUGAUAGAAGAAGACUUAGCAAAACUGGAGUCUUAAAAAUUAAUUCAAAAGGGUCUAUUGGGCCUAAAAAAACAAAGAUCGAAGGGUUACAACUUUGUGAUGGUAGUAUCUGGAAACAAGGACUAAUAAAUGAUUAUAUCCAAUAUUUGGGAUGGGGUGCUAGUGUCGAAAAUAAAGAAGCAAGAGUUUAUGUUUAUAAUACUAGAACGAACGAACCAUACUAUAAAGCGUAUUUUAUUACAAGUGGUAAAUUGGUGACUCCUGUGAGCCGAGAUGGAUGUCAAUCAACUAAAGGAUGGUGGUCAGCACCACUUUUACCUAAAAAUAAGAACAAGAUAUCAACGGUGGGAUUUGUUGGGAAGAAUAAAGUAAGGGAUAAUAAAGGUACAGAAAUCCCUUACAUAGCUGGAAUAUUUAAAAGUAUCUCCAUUAAAUCUGAAUUAUUAUUAGCAUCUUUGGAAGAACUAAGAGUUGAUAAAUCUGAAAUUGGUGUGAAAUAUCUUUUGAUGGAAGGUGGAGAAGAAUUUUUAAAACACAAAAAAGGUUGUGUUAUUUGUUGA